AUGCAAAAAAAUUAUUACUUCAAAAAUAUCUUUAAUAAUUCAUUAGUAAAAGAACGUCCUCAUUCCGAUUCAACCGAAUUACUGUUGGGAAAAAGAUUAGAACGUGGCUUACGUAUCCGUUGUUGUGAAAUUGCAGAAGAGCAAAGAAGUGAUAUUGUUGGAUUGUCAUCAUCAUCAUCAUAUCAGUCAUCAACUGUUAAACAUAAUCAUCCUGUUAUCAGACAGAAAACUAUACCAACACAAUUACUUGAAUGUGAUCCAAGACGAGCUUCAAGUACUGAACUUGAACGUGGUCGUUUCAAAUUUGGUAUUAGUAGGUUACGUGAGCGUACAAGUGGACGCGAAUCACGACGAAAUCGUUACCGCGAAGAGGAAAUCAUUCAUAAAGGUAUUGAUCGGAUUGAUGCGGAACGACAACUUUGUAAUCAAGAUAUAGGCGCAUUUUUGAUUCGGGUUCGAGAUAACGGUACCCUAGCGUUAUCAAUAAGAGCCAAUAAAGGCGUGCUACAUAUUAAACUUGAGCUUCGGGAAAAUCGCUGGAUACUUGGUGAAGGGCCAACGUUUGGUUCAAUUGCAAGUAUUAUCAGUUUUUAUCGCUGUCACGAAUUACCGAUCCGUGGAGCGGAUCGAAUGUUACUUAACAAGCCGGUACUUGUUACUACUAACACUACUCAUUCAUAG